CAGAACUUCAACAACCUCAAUUUAACAGCAAAGAUGUCGGAUGCCGAAGAUAUUCCAGCCCAUUACAACGAUGGAAACCGCGCGUUUCUUCAAUCCUUCCUUGCUCGCGGGGCUAUGAAAUUCGAAGAUGGCCAAAAAGUUCUCGCAGCCAUCUUCACCGUACAAGAAGAAAGGAAAACGGAUCCAAAAGAUGUAACCCAGGCAGAUUUCGAUUCAUACAUAUCCGCUGCCGCAGACGCCAUCUCUCCUUACGACUACGAAAUCCGCAGCACCCAGCAUCAAACCACCAAAGAGCGAAUAUACGCCCUCGUAAACAGCGUCAGCGAUCCCCUUACCCAACUCGCGACUACUCGAACAGCGGACGAGAUAUCUUACAUCAAGCGGCUCCUAGAUGCGAUGUUCGAGACCCACAAUACGAAACGUAGAGAAGUCAUGGCGGUCACAAGUAUGCAAGCAAUGGAGAUCAAAGUCCGGAAAGGCGGCGGUAGGCAAAGCGGAGGAGGCGAGCCUGCACAAGCUACACAAUCAUCCGAUAGAGGCCUGACACAAAACGAAACUGAGAAGCUGCUGGCAAAUCUGGUAAAAGAGACUUGGCUUGAGAGGAGCGCGGAAGGUUUUUACACGCUCUCUCCACGUGCGUUAUUGGAAUUGAGGAGUUGGCUGGUUGAAGCGUAUAAUGAUUCCGAUGACCCGGAAUCGUGGCAGAGAAUCAAGUUCUGUCAGGCGUGUAAGGAGAUUGUGACGAUUGGGCAGAGAUGCACGGAGAGAGAAUGCAAUGUCCGGUUGCACAAUAUUUGCACAGCUGCAUUCUGGAACUCGAGGCCGGGGAAGAAGUGUCCGACGUGUGAGACUCCGUGGCUUGGGAAAGCGUACGUUGGGCAGAAGGCGAUCACUAGUACUGAGGAAUACUUGAAGGGCAAGAGAAGGAGUGGUGGAAAAAGAAAGAAUGAUGCUGUGGAAGAAGAGGAGGCCCAGGAAGAAGCCGAAGCCGAGAGCAGUAAUAGGAGAAGGAAUAGGAGGAGACCCGUGGAGGAGGAAUCGAGCCAAGAGGCAGAGGAUACACCCGUGGAGGACGAAGGUGAAGGCGAAGAUUAGGAACAAGACGACAAGGAAGAUGAAGAUGAGUUAGAAAUAGGCUUUGAUCACUGGAGUAAUGCUUUGGGAAGUAUAUCCGGGGCGUUCGUGGCAUAUCAAAGACAAUGAUCCGCAACAGUUGGAGUUUUAUGAUACUCUGUACAGUUCCAAUAAUUUCAUAAUGGGAAUUAUUUGAACAGCAACCUUCCCUUGAGCCUCGGUU